CCACCCCAGAAAAGACAGAGAACUGUAGAAGACUUCAAUCAAUUCUGCACCUUUGUGCUGGCCUACGCAGGCUACAUUCCCUACCCAAAGGAGAAUGAGCCAUGGACAUACCGAGGCAACAGGAGCCCCCAGAACAGCACUGGAAGCACCCAAGACAGUGACAGUUGGGGAUCGUCCCAGUCCUGUGACUCUCAAGUGCUUUCAGAUGACGGAGGAAGCAGGAACACGGCCUACAAGGGGACAGGAGAGGCGCUGAACUGCCCUAACAUAACCGGUAGCUUUUGCACUGGUCGGCACCAGCAAACCAAGAAGAGAAAGCAGUCAUCGAAGAAACUGGGUGUGAACCAAGGGAUGGACAAGGGCUUGAUGCCCCUGAAGGACUAUGCGCAGAGAACGCUCGAGACUUGCGAGGAAGUGAAGGAGCUGGAAUCCUGUCUCCAAGAGCUGCCAUCCAGACCUCUCCUGGAGCAAACGGAGAAAGACUGUAUCCCUGGACUUUACGCUGAAGAGAAGACCGAGGAACAAGGGACAACGUGCAAAGAGGAGAGAACCAACUCUGCCUCUUGGGACGUGGUGGAGCAAAGCGCGGAAGAACCUGCUGGAGAAGCCCCUCAACUUAACA